CACUUGAGGAAAGUUUGUGCAACCCUCCCGGCAGGGCAGGAGCUCCGAUGGGCGUCGUGCGCGCCCUGUCCUGCGGCGCUGGCGGUCGGAGCCGUACCGGGUGCAAUGAGCGCUCCGUGCCGGCCCUGCCAUGGAAGGCUGUGACUCGCCCGUCAUCCCCGGGAAGGACAAUGGGUGCGGCAUUCCUCAGCACCAGCAAUGGACUGAUCUCAACAGCGCCCACCUCCCUGACCCGGCCGGCAGCAUGGAGCAGCCCGCGGCGGAGAGCUGCGGCCCCCUGGACAGCCUGAGGGUGCCGUUCCCCGAGCGCGUCCCCGAGAGCAGCGCGGCGGGUGCCGAGCCCGCGGGCGAGGAGGUGAGCUGCGGGCAGUGCGCGGCCUCCUUCGCCGGCCUGCAGAGCUACAUGGAGCACCGCUGUGCCGGCACCCGCCCGCCCCCGCCGCUGCGGGGGGAGAGCGGGAGCGACAGCAGCGAGGACGGCGAGGAGGAGAGCGACGUGGAGAACCUGGCCGGCGAGAUCGUCUACCAGCCCGACGGCUCGGCCUACAUCGUGGAGAGCCUCAGCCAGCUGGUGCAGAGCGGGGCUGCCGGCGGCAGCGGGACUCUCCCCUCGCUGCUCCCGAACUCUCUGCCCAAGCAGGGAGAGCCCUCUGCUGCCGCUCCCGUCUACCCACAGAUCAUCAACACUUUCCACAUAGCCUCAUCCUUCGGGAAGUGGUUUGAGGGCUCAGACCAGGCCUUCCCGAAUACCUCAGCCCUGGCGGGCAUCAGCCCCGUCCUGCACAGCUUCCGCGUCUUCGAUGUGCGACACAAAAGCAACAAGGAUUACCUGAACAGCGACGGUUCUGCCAAAAGCUCCUGCGUAUCCAAAGAUGUUCCCAACAAUGUGGACCUGUCCAAAUUCGAUGGCUUUGUGCUCUAUGGGAAGAGGAAGCCCAUUCUGAUGUGUUUCUUGUGCAAGCUCUCCUUUGGGUAUGUCCGCUCGUUCGUGACCCAUGCCGUGCACGACCACCGAAUGACUCUGAGUGAGGAGGAGCGGAAAAUUCUUAGCAAUAAGAACAUCUCCGCUAUCAUCCAAGGGAUAGGCAAAGACAAGGAACCCCUUGUCAGCUUUCUGGAACCAAAAAACAAAACCUUUCAGCACCCUCUUGUUUCCGCAGCUAACCUCAUAGGCCCUGGACACAGUUUUUAUGGUAAAUUCAGUGGCAUUUGCAUGGAAGGUGAGCAGGCCCUCCAGGCCGGGGCGGCCGGUGGAGCUGAGCCACCGCCGGCAGCGGGUGUCCUUGCCCCCAGUGCACUCCUCAACCUGGGUGGGCUGACCAGCUCAGCUCUGAAGACUCCCAUUACCUCAGUCCCCCUGGGCCCGCUGGCUUCCAGUCCCACCAAAUCCUCGGAGGGGAAGGACCCUGGGGUGGCAGGGGGGGAGAAACAAGAGGGGGACGACCAGGACAGCCUCUCAGAAAAGGUGGAGCCAGCCGAGGAGGUGGAAGAGGAGGAGGAGGAGGAUGUGGAAGAGGAGGAAGAGGAAGAGGAAGAGGAGGAAGAGGAAGAAGAUGAGGAUGAUGAGGGUUGCAAAGGACUAUUUCCAAACGAGUUGGAGGAUGAACUGGAAGACCGGCCCCAGGAGGAUGUUGGGGCUGUGGCAGGCAGUGGCAGCAGCAAAAAGGACCUUGCUCUCUCAAACCAAAGCAUUUCUAACUCUCCCUUAAUGCCUAACGUGCUCCAGACCCUGUCACGGGGCACGGCUUCUACUAGUUCUAAUUCUGCUUCUUCCUUUGUCUUUGAUGGUGCAAACAGGAGGAAUCACUUAAGCUUUAACAAUGAGGGUGGCGGAGCCAGUGUGGCCGAGGGCAGCAGGAGGCUGGACUUCAUCGAUGAAAGUGCCAAUAAAGACAAUGCCACAGCACCAGAACCAAAUGAGAGUGCAGAGGGCGAGGACGGGAGCUACAUCUCCCAUCACCAGCAUGCUGGCCCCCUCUGUGAACUUGGGGGUGGGGAGUGCCCCUCGGGGAGCGGCGUGGAGUGCCCAAAGUGCGACACGGUCCUGGGCUCCUCGCGGUCGCUGGGUGGCCACAUGACUAUGAUGCAUUCUCGCAACUCAUGUAAGACACUCAAGUGUCCCAAGUGCAAUUGGCACUACAAGUACCAGCAGACGCUUGAGGCGCACAUGAAGGAGAAACAUCCUGAGCCAGGUGGCUCCUGCGUCUACUGCAAGAGCGGGCAGCCGCACCCACGGCUGGCGCGGGGCGAGAGCUACACCUGUGGUUACAAGCCCUUCCGCUGCGAGGUCUGUAACUACUCCACAACUACCAAAGGCAACCUCAGUAUUCAUAUGCAGUCUGACAAGCAUCUCAACAACAUGCAGAACCUGCAGAACGGAGGGGGAGAGCAAGUCUUCAGCCACACGGCGGGGGCAGCGGCGGCAGCGGCUGCUGCUGCGGCAGCCGCUGCCGCCAACAUCGGUAGCACCUGCGGGGCUCCCUCCCCCACCAAACCAAAAACCAAACCUACGUGGCGCUGCGAGGUGUGCGACUAUGAGACCAAUGUAGCUAGAAACCUUCGGAUUCACAUGACCAGUGAGAAGCACAUGCACAAUAUGAUGCUGCUUCAGCAAAACAUGUCCCAAAUCCAGCAUAACCGGCACCUAGGCCUCGGCAGCCUGCCGUCCCCCGCUGAGGCCGAGCUCUACCAGUAUUACCUGGCACAGAACAUGAACCUUCCCAACCUGAAGAUGGACAGCACUUCCUCAGAUGCACAGUUCAUGAUGGGGGGGUUCCAGCUCGAUCCCACCAACCCCAUGGCAACGAUGGCUCCAUCUCUAGUGGGUGGCGAGAUCCCGCUGGACAUGCGGUUGGGUGGUGGACAGCUGGUGUCUGAGGAGCUGAUGAACUUGGGUGAAAGUUUCACACAAACGAAUGACCCAUCGCUGAAGCUCUUCCAGUGCGCUGUGUGCAACAAGUUCACUACAGAUAAUUUGGACAUGCUGGGCCUCCACAUGAAUGUGGAGCGAAGCCUCCCUGAGGACGAGUGGAAGGCGGUGAUGGGGGACUCGUACCAGUGCAAGCUGUGCCGCUACAACACACAGCUCAAGGCUAACUUCCAGCUCCACUGUAAGACGGACAAGCAUGUGCAGAAAUACCAGCUGGUGGCACAUAUCAAGGAGGGGGGCAAAGCCAACGAAUGGAGGCUCAAGUGCGUGGCCAUUGGGAACCCAGUCCAUCUGAAAUGCAACGCGUGCGACUACUACACCAACAGUCUGGAGAAGCUACGUCUUCACACCGUGAACUCGAGACACGAGGCCAGCCUGAAGCUCUACAAGCACCUGCAGCAUCACGAGAGCGGGGUGGAAGGUGAAAGCUGCUACUACCACUGUGUCCUCUGUAACUACUCCACCAAGGCCAAGCUGAACCUCAUCCAGCACGUGCGCUCCAUGAAACACCAGCGGAGUGAAAGCCUCCGGAAGCUACAGCGCCUCCAGAAAGGUCUUCCUGAAGAGGAGGAGGACCUGGGACAGAUCUUCACCAUACGCAAGUGUCCAGCUGCCGAGGCCGAAGAACCCAGUGAAGAUGUGGAAGGGCCCAGUGAAACAGCUGGUGAUGUCGAGGAGCCUGCCAAGGAGCAAGAGAGUGGAGGGGACAAGGACCAGAGUAAAUGGACAGCACCAGCCAGCCAGCCAGAGAAGGAGCUGACAGAGCCUCCAGCGUCCUCUAAGCGGAUAUCAUUUCCCAGCAGCUCUGAGUCGCCUCUCUCCUUUAAGUGGUCAAAAACUUCAGAGGAGACCAAAUCAGAGCAGAUGUACCAGUGUCCAUAUUGCAAGUACAGCAACACAGACGUGAACCGGCUGCGGGUGCACGCCAUGACCCAGCAUUCAGUGCAGCCCAUGCUCCGCUGCCCUCUCUGCCAGGACAUGCUGAACAACAAGAUCCACCUGCAGCUGCACCUCACCCACCUGCACAGCGUGUCACCUGACUGUGUUGAGAAACUCAUCAUGACGGUGACAACCCCUGAGGUGAUGAUGCCCAGCAGCAUGUUCCUCCCGGCAGCUGCUCCAGAGAAGGAUGGGAGCUCAGGCACAGAGGAGCUGGGGAAGCAGUCUGAGAUCUCUGAGGAUGUGGGGAAGACCCUUUUGCCAUCGGACAGUGCAGAGCACAGCGGGGACCCCAAGCCCACUCCAGCUGAUCCGAGCGCUGCCCGGGAGGACUCUGGCUUCCUGUGCUGGAAGAAGGGCUGCAGCCAGGUGUUCAAGAGCUCAGCAGCCCUGCAGACACACUUCAACGAUGUCCAUGCCAAGCGGCCUCAGCUGCCAGUCUCCGACCGCCACGUCUACAAGUACCGCUGCAACCAGUGCAGCCUGGCCUUCAAAACCAUUGAGAAGCUGCAGCUCCAUUCCCAGUACCACGUCAUCCGGGCUGCCACCAUGUGUUGCCUCUGCCAGCGCAGCUUCCGAACCUUCCAGGCCCUGAAGAAGCACCUGGAAACCAGCCACCUGGAGCUGAGUGAGGCUGACAUUCAGCAGUUGUACGGUGGUCUCUUGGUCAACGGGGACCUCCUUGCUAUGGGUGACCCCUCACUUGCUGAGGACCACACAAUAAUAGUCGAGGAAGAUAAGGAAGAGGAGAGCGACCUGGAAGAAAAGCAGAGCCCAACAGGCAGCGAUUCAGGGUCAGUGCAAGAGGACUCUGGCUCAGAACCAAAAAGGGCCUUACCCUUCAGGAAGGGCCCUAACUUCACUAUGGAGAAAUUUCUAGAUCCAUCUCGCCCAUACAAGUGCACAGUCUGCAAGGAGUCCUUCACGCAAAAGAAUAUUCUCCUGGUACAUUACAAUUCCGUUUCUCAUCUGCAUAAACUGAAACGAGCCCUCCAAGAGUCUGCUACUGGGCAGCCUGAACCUACCAGCAGCCCAGACAACAAACCUUUCAAGUGUAACACCUGCAACGUGGCCUACAGCCAGAGCUCAACUCUGGAAAUCCACAUGAGGUCUGUCCUGCACCAGACCAAGGCUCGCGCGGCCAAGCUGGAGGCGGCCAGUGGCAGCAGCAACGGAGCCGGCAACAGCAGCAGCAGCAGCAGCCUCUCCCUGGGGUCGUCCACACCGAGCCCCGUGAGUGCCAGCAACAGCAAUGCUUUUGCAACCACCAGCACGAGCACUUCAGGCACCACUCCCAUUCCCAGCCUACUCAACCAGGUCUCCAGUGACAGCGUGGGAAUCCCUCCCUUGGGUAGCACUGUAAGCACUAACAUCUCCUCCCCUGCGGAGCCCAAAGAGGUGAACCGCAAGAAGCUGGCAGACAUGAUUGCAUCCAGGCAGCAGCAGCAGCAGCAACAGCAACAGCAGCAACAGCAGCAGCAGCAACAAGCUCAAACCUUGGCACAGGCACAGGUCCAGGCUCACCUGCAGCAGGAGCUACAGCAGCAAGCUGCUCUCCUGCAGUCCCAGCUCUUCAACCCAGCACUUUUGCCGCACUUUCCAAUGACCACUGAGACCCUUCUGCAGCUGCAGCAGCAGCAGCAUCUUCUGUUCCCAUUCUAUAUCCCCAGUGCUGAGUUCCAGCUCAACCCAGAAGUCAGCUUGCCUGUCACCAGUGGUGCACUGACAUUGACUGGGACAGGUCCAAGUUUGCUGGAGGAUCUGAAGGCACAAGUUCAGCUCCCUCAGCAGAGCCAUCCACAGCUCUUGCAGCAGCAGCAAGGUCAGCUGUCCUUGUCACAACCCCACUCCGUCCUGUUACAGCAGAGCCAGCACCCAGAGAAGAAGAAUAAAUCUGUAGUGAAGGAGAAAGAUAAAGAAACCCCACGGGAGAGGGAAAGCACAGAGAGGGGAGACAAUAACAUAACACUGAAGGAGUCUCUUCCUGAUAACUUAAAGCCCAAAGAGAAGAAGGACUUUGUGCCAGGCAGCACUUCAGAACCCUCCAUACUGCCUCCACGGAUUGCUUCUGACGCGAGGGGCAACGCCACCAAAGCCUUACUGGAAAACUUUGGCUUUGAGCUCGUCAUCCAGUACAACGAGAACAAGCAAAAGGGGCAGAAGAAAAAUGGGAAGACAGAGCAAGGUGAGAACUUGGAAAAGCUGGAGUGCGAUACAUGCGGCAAGUUCUUCUCAAACAUCCUCAUCCUGAAGAGCCACCAAGAGCACGUUCACCAACAUUACUUUCCCUUUAAGCAGUUAGAGAGAUUUGCUAAACAAUACAGAGAACACUAUGACAAACUGUACCCGCUGCGGCCGCAGACCCCAGAGCCACCACCCCCGCCUCCACCGCCCCCCCCUCCGCUCCCUCCAGCUCCUCCUCAGCCAGCUGCUGCUCCUGCCAUCCCUACUUCUGCCCCACCAAUCACCUCUCCCACCAUCGCACCAGCCCAGCCAUCUGUGCCACUCACCCAGCUCUCCAUGCCUAUGGAGCUCCCCAUCUUCUCACCACUCAUGAUGCAAACCAUGCCCCUGCAGACAUUACCAGCACAACUGCCGCCUCAGCUGGGCCCCGUAGACCCCCUGCCCGCCGACUUGGCCCAGUUGUACCAGCAUCAGCUCAACCCCAGCCUUCUCCAGCAGCAGCAGAACAAGAGGCCACGCACACGGAUCACCGAUGACCAGCUCAGAGUCCUCCGGCAGUAUUUUGACAUUAACAAUUCCCCAAGUGAGGAACAGAUCAAAGAGAUGGCAGACAAAUCUGGAUUGCCCCAGAAAGUGAUCAAGCACUGGUUCAGAAACACCCUGUUCAAGGAGCGCCAACGCAACAAGGACUCCCCAUACAACUUCAGCAACCCUCCCAUUACCAGUCUGGAAGAGCUGAAGAUAGACUCACGGCCUCCUUCUCCAGAGCCUCAAAAGCAGGAGUACUGGGGAAGCAAGCGGUCCUCUCGGACACGCUUUACUGACUACCAACUCAGAGUCCUGCAAGACUUCUUUGAUGCCAAUGCUUACCCAAAGGAUGAUGAAUUUGAGCAGCUUUCUAAUUUGCUGAACCUCCCAACGCGUGUUAUAGUGGUCUGGUUUCAGAAUGCCCGUCAGAAAGCAAGGAAAAACUAUGAGAAUCAGGGAGAAGGCAAAGACGGGGAGCGACGGGAGCUCACAAAUGACAGGUACAUUAGAACAAGCAACUUGAACUACCAGUGCAAAAAGUGCAGUCUGGUCUUUCAGCGCAUUUUUGAUCUCAUUAAACACCAGAAAAAGCUUUGUUACAAAGAUGAGGAUGAGGAUGGACAGGAUGAUAGCCAGAACGAGGACUCUAUGGAUGCAAUAGAGCUCUUGACUCCAACCAGUUCCUCCUGCAGCACACCAAUGCCCUCACAAGCUUACAGCACACCUACAUCUUCAGCCAAUGCAACCUCCUCAGCUUUUCUGCAGCUCACGGCAGAGGCAGACGAUUCCUCCACCUUUAAUUCUAAAGCAGAAGCUACAGAUGAGAAACCAAAGCAGUCUGAACCUCCAAGUACACAGCAAAACCAAACCCAAGAGAAGCAAGUGCAACCAAAGCAAGAGCCUCAGCAGCAACAGGACCAAGGAGAACAAAAGACAAGUUCAGCACACCAAAAGAUUUCACAGUUAUCCUCCCCCUCUUCGCUGCAACAGCCACCUCCUCCUCAGCCCCCUCCGUGCUCCUUGUCACAGACAAGUCCAAAUCCAUCUCAGCUCUCACACCUCUCCCUCAAACCCAUUCACACGUCCACCCCUCAGCAGCUGGCAAACCUACCUCCUCAGCUAAUCCCAUACCAGUGUGACCAGUGUAAACUGGCAUUUCCUUCCUUUGAGCAUUGGCAAGAGCAUCAGCAGCUCCAUUUCCUGAGUGCACAGAACCAGUUUAUCCACCCCCCAUUCCUGGACAGAACACUGGAUAUGCCAUUCAUGCUUUUUGAUCCCAGUAAUCCACUACUGGCAAGCCAGCUGCUGUCUGGAACGUUACCACAGAUUCCAGCAAGCUCAGCCACCUCGCCGUCGACGCCAACAUCCACCAUGAACACGCUGAAGAGAAAGCUGGAGGAAAAGGCCAGUGCAAGCCCUGGAGAGAAUGACAGUGGGACUGGGGGAGAAGAACCCCAAAGGGAUAAGCGUCUGAGGACAACCAUUACCCCUGAGCAGCUGGAAAUCCUGUACCAGAAAUACUUGCUUGACUCCAACCCCACACGGAAGAUGCUGGAUCACAUUGCACAUGAAGUGGGCUUGAAGAAGCGUGUGGUACAGGUUUGGUUCCAGAACACCCGUGCACGAGAGAGGAAGGGGCAGUUCAGAGCUGUGGGGCCUGCCCAAGCCCACAGACGGUGUCCCUUCUGCCGAGCUCUCUUUAAAGCAAAGACAGCUCUGGAAGCUCAUAUCCGAUCCCGUCACUGGCAUGAGGCCAAGCGAGCUGGGUACAACCUGACGCUGUCUGCCAUGCUUCUAGACUGCGAUGGGGGACUCCAGAUGAAAGGAGACAUCUUUGAUGGAGCCAGCUUUUCCCACAUGCCACCAACUAGCAGCGACGGACAGAGCGUGCCCCUCUCCCCGGUGAACAAGAGUUUGGAACUGUCACCUAGAACCCUGCUGAGUCCAUCCUCCAUUAAGGUGGAAGGGGUUGAAGACUUUGAGAGUCCCUCCAUGUCCUCAGUCAAUCUGAACUUUGACCAGACAAAGCUGGACAACGACGACUGCUCUUCCGUCAAUACUGCAAUCACAGACACUACCACAGGAGACGAAGGGAACGCAGACAACGAUAGUGCAACAGGGAUUGCAACCGAAACCAAAUCCACAUCAGGACCCAGUGAAGGUCUGACUAAAGCAGCCAUGAUAGCAAUGUCUGAAUAUGAAGAUCGUCUGUCUUCUGGCCUGGUCAGCCCAGCUCCCAGCUUCUACAGCAAAGAGUACGACAAUGAAGGUACCGUGGACUAUAGUGAAACCUCCAGUCUUGCAGACCCCUGCUCGCCCAGCCCUGGUGCAAGUGGUUCAGCCAGCAAGUCUGGAGAAAGCGGGGAGCGGCCCGGGCAGAAACGCUUUCGCACUCAGAUGACUAAUCUCCAGCUCAAGGUUCUUAAGUCAUGCUUUAAUGACUACAGGACACCAACCAUGCUGGAGUGUGAGGUCCUGGGCAAUGACAUUGGACUGCCAAAGAGAGUUGUUCAGGUCUGGUUCCAGAAUGCGAGGGCAAAAGAGAAGAAGUCAAAACUCAGCAUGGCCAAGCAUUUUGGUAUAAACCAAACAAGUUACGAGGGACCCAAAACAGAGUGCACUUUGUGUGGCAUCAAGUACAGCGCUCGGCUGUCUGUACGUGACCAUAUCUUCUCUCAACAGCAUAUCUCCAAAGUUAAAGAAACCAUUGGAAGUCAGUUGGAUAAGGAAAAGGAGUAUUUUGACCCAGCUACUGUCCGUCAGUUGAUGGCUCAGCAGGAGCUGGACCGAAUCAAAAAAGCCAAUGAGGUUCUUGGUCUGGCAGCUCAACAGCAGGGCAUGUUUGACAGCACACCCCUGCAAGCUCUGAACCUUCCUGCUGCGUACCCAGCGUUACAGGGCAUCCCUCCAGUCUUGCUCCCAGGCCUCAACAGCCCAUCCUUACCUGGCUUCACUCCAUCCAACACAGCUUUAACUUCUCCCAAACCGAACCUGAUGGGCCUGCCCAGCACAAGCGUCCCUUCACCCGGCCUCCCCACCUCUGGAUUACCAAAUAAACAGCCCCCGGCCGCACUGAGCUCACCCACCCCAGCACAAGCCACGGUGGCCGUGGCCCCGCAGCAGCCGCCAGCCACGACCCCGCAGCCGCAGCAGCCACCCCCCGCACAGCGCAAGGAGAAGGAGAACGAGAAGGCAAAAGAGAAGGAGAAGGCACCCAAGGGGAAGGGGGACACCCUGCCAGGGCCCAAGAAGGAAAAGGGGGAGGCACCGGCAGGCACGCUCGCGGCCCCGCUGCCCACCAUGGAGUACGCGGUGGAGCCCGCCCAGCUCCAGGCGCUGCAGGCCGCCCUGAAUUCGGACCCCACCACCUUGCUGACGAGCCAGUUCCUUCCUUACUUCGUCCCCGGCUUUUCCCCCUACUAUGCCCCACAGAUCCCUGGCGCCCUGCAGAGCGGGUACCUGCAGCCCAUGUAUGGGAUGGAGGGGCUGUUCCCCUACAGCCCCGCACUGUCACAGGCGCUGCUGGGGCUGUCUCCUGGCUCACUGCUGCAGCAGUACCAGCAAUACCAGCAGAGUCUGCAGGAGGCAUUGCAGCAGCAGCAGCGGCAGCAGCAGCAGCAGCAGCAACAGCAGCAGCAGCAGCAGCAGCAGCAGCAGCAACAGCAGCAGCAGCAGCAGCAGCAGCAGCAGCAGCAGCAGCAGCAGAAACCGCAGCAGCCCAAAGGAAGCCAAACCCCCGUCCCCACGGGGGCUGCCACCCCGGACAAAGACCCUGCCAAAGAACCCCCCAAGCAAGAAGAGCAGAAGAACGCACCCCGCGAGGUGUCCCCCCUCCUGCCCAAACCCCAAGAAGAGCCUGAAGCGGAAGGCAAGGGCGCGGACUCUCUCUGCGACCCUUUCAUUGUCCCAAAGGUGCAGUACAAGCUGGUCUGCCGCAAGUGCCAGGCGUGCUUCGGCGACCAGGAGGCGGCCAGCGACCACCUGAAGUCCCUCUGCUUCUUCGGCCAGUCUGUGGCGAACCUGCAUGAGAUGGUGCUUCACGUGCCCAGCGGCAGCGGCCAGGGCGGCGGCUCGUACCAGUGCGUGGCGUGCGAGAGCACGGUGUGUGGGGACGAAGCCCUCAGUCAGCAUCUCGAGUCAGCCCCGCACAAACAUCGAACAAUCACAAGAGCAGCAAGAAACGCCAAAGAGCACCCCAGUCUAUUACCUCACUCUGCCUGCCCCCCCGACCCCAGCACCGCAUCUACCUCGCAGUCGGCCGCUCACUCAAACGACAGCCCCCCGCCCCCCCGGCCCCCCCCGGCUUCCCCUCACGCCUCCAGAAAGCCCUGGGCCCCGGCAAACCCGCCCGGGCCGCCGCCGCCGCCUUUCCCUCCUCUCUCCUCAUCUUCAACGGUUACCUCAAGUUCAUGCAGCACCUCAGGGGUUCAGCCCUCGAUGCCAACAGACGACUAUUCGGAGGAGUCUGACACGGAUCUUAGCCAAAAGUCAGAUGGACCGGCGAGCCCGGCGGAGGGGCCCCAGGACCCCGGCUGCCCUAAGGACAGUGGUCUAGCUAGCAUAGGAAUGGACACCUUCAGAUUGUAAGCUUUGAAGAUGAACAAUGAAAAUGAAUUUAAAUAAAAAAAAAAAAAGUUAAUAACAAACCAAUUUCAAAAAUAGACUAACUGCAAUUCCAAAGCUUCUAACCAAAAAAAAAAAAAAAAGAAAAAAGAAAAAAAGAAAAAGCGUGGGUUGUUUUCCCAUAUAACGAUGCCGGUGGGUUUUACAUUUCUUUUUUCCUUUCCUUUUAAUAAAAUAAAACUUUAAAAAAAAAAAAAAAAAAAGGAAAAAAUAAAAUCUGUUACAUUUGUCCUCUGGAAGGUACUGUUGGUCUGGGAGACGAAGGCCGUGCUGCCUCCUCGCGCCUGCGGAGCUCGCACCCCUGUACAUUGCCCCGUCCGAUCCCCCGUUGAUAGCACAGCAGAGCCCGGCAGCGCUGUAUGGGAAAGCAGCCCACCUGGAGACAGUUUUAAAUUUCUUGCUAUCUUAGCAUUCAGAUACCAAUGGCUUGCUAAAAGAAAAAAGAAAUGUAAUGUCUUUUUAUUCUCAGGUCAAUCGCUCACACUUUGUUCUGUUUUCAGAAUCAUUGUUUUAUAUAUAUAUUUUUUUAUUUAUACAUAUAUAUAUAAUUUCUUUUGUUUGUUUUGGGGGUUUUGGUUUGGUUUGGUUUUGUUCCAGAAAAGGAUUUUUUUUGUUGUUGUUUUUUUUGGUUUGGGGUGGGGGCGGGGGGGGUGGGCAGUGUUAAUUUAAAAUGGGCAGAAAGUAUUCAAGAGAAAAACAAUGUGAACUGCUUUAGCUUUUCGGGGAUUUUAAGGGUAGCUUUUCUGCUGAAGCCAAUUCCAAGGGGAAAAGUUAAGCACUCCCACUUUUCAGAAAAAAAAAAAAAAAACCACACAAAGAGUGUUGAGGACUUGGAGCUUAAAAAAAAUAAGUUUUAAAACAACUGACUUUCUGUAUUUAUGAUAGAUAUGACCAUUUUUGGUGUUGAGUAGAUUGUUGCAUUGGAAAUGAACUGAAGCAGUAUGGUAGAUUUAAAAGAAAAAACCCUUUUGUGUACAUUUAGCUUUUGUAUGGUCCAGCUGACGGCUUCUCAUUUGAUGUUGUCUUGUUCAUUCCUAGACAGAUAGAUUGCGAUCCAUCGACUCGCCUGAGCUUUUCUCCCCUUUGUACCUUUAUCCCCGUCCCCAUCCUGUAAUCUUCCACUUAUGGUCGCUACCUUCAUUUCUUAGAGGGUGGUUGCAUAAUUAUUUUAUAAAAACUAAAGAAAGACGUUCAAAGGGUUUUGGGGGUCAGUAGGAUCCCUUGCAGAAUAUUUUUUGUUGGGGGUUUGAAACUUUUUAAGGCAUAUACAUGCGAUUUACCUAUGUCUGUUACCCUUGUGCACUUAUUUUAUUCUUAUUUUCCAUUUCUCUUUUUUUCUUCUCUUUUUCUUCCCUUCUUCCUUUACUCAUUUUGUAAAUGCUUCAAAGACUCUGUUCCUGACCUCUGAGCAUCGGUUCUGUUUGUGUAAAAUUAGGCUGCACUCUGUUCCUUCUUUUGGAAAAAAAAGGUUUUGUUACAUUUUUUUCUCUAAAGAAAAUUCAUGCUUUAAAUAAAAUCCAAAGACAUACCCUUCACCACUGGUGCAGAAUGAGCAAAAAGGAUUCUUUUUACUUGAGAAUUUGUUUCUGAUUUAAACAAACAAGUCUAAGUUUAAAUAAAGAAUAAAAAAAAAAAAACAUACCCAGGUUGUUAUCUGUGCUUCUUCUGCAAGCAGAGAGACAACUCUUAGUGAGCACCCAGUGCACCCCAGGCAGGUUUCUCUUUCCAAGAUCUCUCCGCGGCAGCACCGGGUGCCAGGCUCAGGGAGGCCCGGAGCCCCCCGGCCCCCCCAGCCCACACCCACCUCAACUGGCCCAGACUUUGAAAGGAAAACUUUAUGCUGCUAAAAUGUAGAUUUUGGAGAUGUAGAUACUUUGCUGUUCCCUUCCAUAACCAAAUGCCAACAGAAACAACCUCUUUCCAUCAUGUUUCCUCUGCCCAAAAGCACGAGAGCCUUCUGCCCACCAUCAUCAUCCUCCUUCUGCUUCAAAAGGGAACUUCGAAGACUGUGAACGCAGGUUCCUCCCGCCGCCUCCGGCUGCUCCUCCCCGGGCCGAAGCCACUCGCCACCUCCGUGAGAGACUGCAGCACCUGAGAGACGAGUGCGGGUUCGGUUUCUAGCGGGACACUUAUAUUUUUAUGGAGUUUUGGUUUUAGUUUGAUGAAAGACUAGAUCCUGAACUGUUGUACAUAUUUCUGACUAGGCUAAUGCACAGUGCAAAUUCCUUUUUUAAUUGUUUUUUAAGUAGUUGAUACUAAAGCGCGAACCACCGGAUGUUCCUCCCGGGACCCAGCUGUAGCAUAAGGUGUCAAAAACAGAACCACGUACCCAUGGAGCGUUUGCUGUUUUAACAAACUGUUUUCUUUAACAGAAGUUCUUGUAUUUCUCCCUGUGUUUGAGAUGAACAUUUUUUAAAUUCUGAAGUUGUACAGUUUUGGUUUUUUUUUUUCCAUUAUUUUAAUCUUGUUUGUAAUUCUAUGAAAUAUAUAUAUAUAUAUUUUUUGCCAUUUAACUGUUGUAUGUUACUCUCUCUGUAUCAUAUAGAAAUUUUUUUGUUUUGUUUUGUUUUGGAUUCUCUCUGUGAUACCAGUUCCCAGUUUAACACAAGCUUUAUCUGUCCAGUUCCACAAGGUCUCUUUUGGAAAUCCUUUUCUUAUGUCUUGUUUUGGUUCGUUUUUUUAAUUAUAUUGCUUGGUCAUAGUGCAAUUUCUCUCCUCCUUCCCCCUCCUCCUUCCCACCCACUAAAAGGUUUUAUAAAUUCA